AUAAAUGUGAGACUGGCACAGAGACCAGCACAUCAAGACUGGUACGGAGACCAGCACAUCAAGAGUCAAGUACAGCUCCAGUCCAGAACCGAAGAACAGACUUCAUUGAGCGGGGAAAAACUUCAUGUGGGACAUCACAGGACACAAAACCAUGAUCAAGACCUUCAUACUUCUGAUUCUGUUAGCCGGAAGCAGCGGUCUGCCUUCAAAGAGACACUUUGACCACGGCGCGGAACAUUCCGGAAGAACCGCGAAGGAACACGAAGGAAGCGAAAGUCUGGUUCAACGUCUGAGGGAUUAUUUACAUUCUUACCUUCACACUUACUACAGCCAUCACCAUGGAGACCAUGGUUACUAUGGCGAUGGAAGCCAUGACGACGACAAAGUGGUUGGACAAGAUACACCAGUAAAUGAUGACGAUGCUUCUGGUGAUAUCACCGAUGGACAAGAUACACCAGUAAAUGAUGACGAUGCUUCUGGUGAUAUCACUGAUGGACAAGAUACACCAGUAAAUGAUGAUGAUGCUUCUGGCGAUAUCACCAAUGGACAAGAUACACCAGUAAAUGAUGAUGAUACUUCUGGUGGUAUCACCGAUGAACCAGAUACAACAGAUAAUGAUAUAGUUGUAUCUGUUUCUGACGAUAUCUCCGAUGGACAAGAUACACCAGUAAAUGAUGGUGAUGCUUCAGGCGAUAUCACUGACGGGCAAGAUACAUCAGUUAAUGAUGACGAUGCUUCUGGUGAUAUCACCAAUGGACAAGAUACACCAGUAAAUGAUGAUGAUACUUCUGGUGGUAUCACCGAUGAACAAGAUACAACAGAUAAUGAUAUAUUUUUACCUGUUUCUGCUGAUAUCUACGAUGGACAAGAUACACCAGUAAAUGAUGAUGAUGCUUCAGGCGAUAUCACUGACGGGCAAGAUACACCAGUAAAUGAUGAUGAUGCUUCUGGUGAUAUCACUGAUGGACAAGAUACACCAGUAAAUGAUGAUGAUACUUCUGGUGGUAUCACCGAUGAACCAGAUACAACAGAUAAUGAUAUAUUUUUACCUGUUUCUGCUGAUAUCUACGAUGGACAAGAUACACCAGUAAAUGAUGAUGAUGCUUCAGGCGAUAUCACUGACGGGCAAGAUACACCAGUAAAUGAUGAUGAUGCUUCUGGUGAUAUCACUGAUGGACAAGAUACACCAGUAAAUGAUGAUGAUACUUCUGGUGGUAUCACCGAUGAACCAGAUACAACAGAUAAUGAUAUAGUUGUACCUGUUUCUGCUGAUAUCUACGAUGGACAAGAUACACCAGUAAAUGAUGAUGAUGCUUCAGGCGAUAUCACUGACGGGCAAGAUACACCAGUAAAUGAUGAUGAUGCUUCUGGUGAUAUCACUGAUGGACAAGAUACACCAGUAAAUGAUGAUGAUGCUUCUGGCGAUAUCACCGAUGGACAAGAUACACCAGUAAAUGAUGAUGAUACUUCUGGUGGUAUCACCGAUGAACCAGAUACAACAGAUAAUGAUAUAUUUGUACCUGUUUCUGCUGAUAUCUACGAUGGACAAGAUACACCAGUAAAUGAUGAUGAUGCUUCAGGCGAUAUCACUGACGGGCAAGAUACACCAGUAAAUGAUGAUGAUGCUUCUGGUGAUAUCACUGAUGGACAAGAUACACCAGUAAAUGAUGAUGAUACUUCUGGUGGUAUCACCGAUGAACCAGAUACAACAGAUAAUGAUAUAGUUGUAUCUGUUUCUGACGAUAUCUCCGAUGGACAAGAUACACCAGUAAAUGAUGGUGAUGCUUCAGGCGAUAUCACUGACGGGCAAGAUACAUCAGUUAAUGAUGACGAUGCUUCUGGUGAUAUCACCAAUGGACAAGAUACACCAGUAAAUGAUGAUGAUACUUCUGGUGGUAUCACCGAUGAACCAGAUACAACAGAUAAUGAUAUAUUUUUACCUGUUUCUGCUGAUAUCUACGAUGGACAAGAUACACCAGUAAAUGAUGAUGAUGCUUCAGGCGAUAUCACUGACGGGCAAGAUACACCAGUAAAUGAUGAUGAUGCUUCUGGUGAUAUCACUGAUGGACAAGAUACACCAGUAAAUGAUGAUGAUGCUUCUGGCGAUAUCACCGAUGGACAAGAUACACCAGUAAAUGAUGAUGAUACUUCUGGUGGUAUCACCGAUGAACCAGAUACAACAGAUAAUGAUAUAGUUGUAUCUGUUUCUGACGAUAUCUCCGAUGGACAAGAUACACCAGUAAAUGAUGGUGAUGCUUCAGGCGAUAUCACUGACGGGCAAGAUACACCAGUAAAUGAUGAUGAUGCUUCUGGUGAUAUCACUGAUGGACAAGAUACACCAGUAAAUGAUGAUGAUGCUUCUGGCGAUAUCACCGAUGGACAAGAUACACCAGUAAAUGAUGAUGAUACUUCUGGUGGUAUCACCGAUGAACCAGAUACAACAGAUAAUGAUAUAGUUGUAUCUGUUUCUGACGAUAUCUCCGAUGGACAAGAUACACCAGUAAAUGAUGGUGAUGCUUCAGGCGAUAUCACUGACGGGCAAGAUACAUCAGUUAAUGAUGACGAUGCUUCUGGUGAUAUCACCAAUGGACAAGAUACACCAGUAAAUGAUGAUGAUACUUCUGGUGGUAUCACCGAUGAACCAGAUACAACAGAUAAUGAUAUAUUUUUACCUGUUUCUGCUGAUAUCUACGAUGGACAAGAUACACCAGUAAAUGAUGAUGAUGCUUCAGGCGAUAUCACUGACGGGCAAGAUACACCAGUAAAUGAUGAUGAUGCUUCUGGUGAUAUCACUGAUGGACAAGAUACACCAGUAAAUGAUGAUGAUACUUCUGGUAGUAUCACCAAUGAACCAGAUACAACAGAUAAUGAUAUAUUUUUACCUGUUUCUGCUGAUAUCUACGAUGGACAAGAUACACCAGUAAAUGAUGAUGAUGCUUCAGGCGAUAUCACUGACGGGCAAGAUACAUCAGUUAAUGAUGACGAUGCUUCUGGUGAUAUCACAAAUGGACAAGAUACACCAGUAAAUGAUGAUGAUACUUCUGGUGGUAUCACCGAUGAACAAGAUACAACAGAUAAUGAUAUAUUUGUAUCUGUUUCUGACGAUAUCACCGAUGGACAAGAUACACCAGUUAAUGAUGAUGAUGCUUCUGGUGAUAUCACCGAUGAACAAGAUACACCAGUUAACGAUGAUGAUGUUUCUGACGAUAUCACCGAUGAACAAGAUACAUCAGUUAAUGAUGAUGAUGCUUCUGGCGAUAUCACCGAUGGACAAGAUACACCAGUUAAUGAUGAUGAUGCUUCUGGUGAUAUCACCGAUGAACAAGAUACACCAGUUAACGAUGAUGAUGUUUCUGACGAUAUUACCGAUGAACAAGAUACAUCAGUUAAUGAUGAUGAUGUUUCUGACGAUAUCACCGAUGAACAAAAUACAUCAGUUAAUGAUGACGAUGCUUCUGACGAUAUCACCGAUGGACAAGAUACAUCAGUUAAUGAUGACGAUGCUUCUGACGAUACCACAGAUGAACAAGAUACAUCAGUUAAUGAUGAUGAUGUUUCUGACGAUAUCACCGAUGGACAAGAUACAUCAGUUAAUGAUGAUGAUGCUUCUGGCGAUACCACCGAUGAACAAGAUACACCAGUAAAUGAUGAUGAUGCUUCUGGUGAUAUCACCAAUGAACAAGAUACACCAGUUAAUGAUGACGAUGCUUCUGACGAUACCACAGAUGAACAAGAUACAUCAGUUAAUGAUGACGAUGCUUCUGGUGAUACCACCGAUGAACAAAAUACAUCAGUUAAUGAUGACGAUGCUUCUGACGAUACCACAGAUGAACAAGAUACACCAGUUAAUGAUGAUGAUGUUUCUGACGAUAUCACCGAUGGACAAGAUACAUCAGUUAAUGAUGACGAUGCUUCUGGUGAUACCACCGAUGAACAAGAUACACCAGUUAACGAUGAGGAUGCUUCUGGUGAUACCACCGAUGGACAAGAUACACCAGUUAACGAUGAUGAUGUUUCUGACGAUAUCACCGAUGAACAAGAUACACCAGUUAAUGAUGAUGAUGUUUCUGACGAUAUCACCGAUGGACAAGAUACAUCAGUUAAUGAUGACGAUGCUUCUGGUGAUACCACCGAUGAACAAGAUACACCAGUUAACGAUAACGAUGCUUCUGACGAUAUCACCGAUGAACAAGAUACACCAGUUAAUGAUGAUGAUGUUUCUGACGAUAUCACCGAUGGACAAGAUACAUCAGUUAAUGAUGAUGAUGCUUCUGGCGAUACCACCGAUGAACAAGAUACACCAGUUAAUGAUGAUGAUGUUUCUGACGAUAUCACCGAUGGACAAGAUACACCAGUUAAUGAUGAUGAUGUUUCUGACGAUAUCACCGAUGGACAAGAUACAUCAGUUAAUGAUGACGAUGCUUCUGGCGAUACCACCGAUGGACAAGAUACACCAGUUAAUGAUGAGGAUGUUUCUGACGAUACCACAGAUGGACAAGAUACACCAGUUAAUGAUGAGGAUGUUUCUGACGAUACCACAGAUGAACAAGAUACAUCAGUUAAUGAUGACGAUGCUUCUGGUGAUACCACCGAUGAACAAAAUACAUCAGUUAAUGAUGACGAUGCUUCUGACGAUAUCACCGAUGGACAAGAUACAUCAGUUAAUGAUGACGAUGCUUCUGACGAUACCACAGAUGAACAAGAUACACCAGUUAAUGAUGAUGAUGUUUCUGACGAUAUCACCGAUGGACAAGAUACAUCAGUUAAUGAUGACGAUGCUUCUGGUGAUACCACCGAUGAACAAGAUACACCAGUAAAUGAUGAUGAUGCUUCUGGUGAUAUCACCAAUGAACAAGAUACACCAGUUAAUGAUGACGAUGCUUCUGACGAUACCACAGAUGAACAAGAUACAUCAGUUAAUGAUGAUGAUGCUUCUGGCGAUACCACCGAUGAACAAGAUACACCAGUAAAUGAUGAUGAUGCUUCUGGUGAUAUCACCAAUGAACAAGAUACACCAGUUAAUGAUGACGAUGCUUCUGACGAUACCACAGAUGAACAAGAUACACCAGUUAAUGAUGAUGAUGUUUCUGACGAUAUCACCGAUGGACAAGAUACAUCAGUUAAUGAUGACGAUGCUUCUGGUGAUACCACCGAUGAACAAGAUACACCAGUUAACGAUGAGGAUGCUUCUGGUGAUACCACCGAUGGACAAGAUACACCAGUUAACGAUGAUGAUGUUUCUGACGAUAUCACCGAUGAACAAGAUACACCAGUUAAUGAUGAUGAUGUUUCUGACGAUAUCACCGAUGAACAAGAUACAUCAGUUAAUGACGACGAUGCUUCUGGUGAUACCACCGAUGAACAAGAUACACCAGUUAACGAUAACGAUGCUUCUGACGAUAUCACCGAUGAACAAGAUACACCAGUUAAUGAUGAUGAUGUUUCUGACGAUAUCACCGAUGGACAAGAUACAUCAGUUAAUGAUGAUGAUGCUUCUGGCGAUACCACCGAUGAACAAGAUACACCAGUUAAUGAUGAUGAUGUUUCUGACGAUAUCACCGAUGGACAAGAUACACCAGUUAAUGAUGAUGAUGUUUCUGACGAUAUCACCGAUGGACAAGAUACAUCAGUUAAUGAUGACGAUGCUUCUGGCGAUACCACCGAUGGACAAGAUACACCAGUUAAUGAUGACGAUGCUUCUGACGAUACCACAGAUGAACAAGAUACACCAGUUAAUGAUGACGAUGCUUCUGGUGAUAUCACCGAUGGACAAGAUACACCAGUUAAUGAUGACGAUGCUUCUGACGAUAUCACCGAUGAACAAGAUACAUCAGUUAAUGAUGACGAUGCUUCUGGUGAUAUCACCGAUGGACAAGAUACACCAGUUAAUGAUGACGAUGUUUCUGACGAUAUCCCAGAUGAACAAGAUACACCAGUUAAUGAUGAUGAUGCUUCUGGCGAUACCACCGAUGGACAAGAUACACCAGUUAAUGAUGAUGAUGUUACUGACGAUAUCACCGAUGGACAAGAUACACCAGUUAAUGAUGAGGAUGCUUCUGGUGAUAUCACCGAUGGACAAGAUACAUCAGUUAACGAUGAGGAUGUUUCUGACGAUAUCACCGAUGGACAAGAUACAUCAGUUAAUGAUGACGAUGCUUCUGGUGAUACCACAGAUGAACAAGAUACACCAGUUAACGAUGAGGAUGCUUCUGACGAUAUCACCGAUGAACAAGAUACAUCAGUGAAUGAUGAUGAUGCUUCUGGCGAUACCACCGAUGAACAAGAUACACCAGUUAAUGAUGACGAUGCUUCUGACGAUACCACAGAUGAACAAGAUACACCAGUUAAUGAUGAUGAUGUUUCUGACGAUAUCACCGAUGGACUAGAUACAUCAGUUAAUGAUGACGAUGCUUCUGGUGAUACCACCGAUGGACAAGAUACACCAGUUAAUGAUGAUGAUGCUUCUGACGAUACCACAGAUGAACAAGAUACAUCAGUUAAUGAUGAUGAUGCUUCUGGCGAUACCACCGAUGGACAAGAUACACCAGUUAAUGAUGAGGAUGUUUCUGACGAUAUCACCGAUGAACAAGAUACAUCAGUUAAUGAUGAUGAUGUUUCUGACGAUACCACCGAUGGACAAGAUACAUCAGUUAAUGAUGAUGAUGUUUCUGACGAUAUCACCGAUGGACAAGAUACAUCAGUUAAUGAUGAGGAUGCUUCUGGUGAUACCACCGAUGAACAAGAUACACCAGUUAAUGAUGACGAUGCUUCCGACGAUACCACAGAUGAACAAGAUACAUCAGUUAAUGAUGAUGAGGCUUCUGGCGAUACCACCGAUGGACAAGAUACAUCAGUUAAUGAUGAUGAUGCUUCUGGCGAUACCACCGAUGGACAAGAUACACCAGUUAAUGAUGAUGAUGUUUCUGACGAUAUCACCGAUGGACAAGAUACAUCAGUUAAUGAUGAUGAUGCUUCUGGCGAUACCACCGAUGAACAAGAUACACCAGUUAAUGAUGACGAUGCUUCUGACGAUACCACCGAUGAACAAGAUACACCAGUUAAUGAUGACGAUGCUUCUGACGAUAUCACCGAUGGACAAGAUACAUCAGUUAAUGAUGAUGAUGCUUCUGGCGAUACCACAGAUGAACAAGAUACACCAGUUAAUGAUGAUGAUGUUUCUGACGAUAUCACCGAUGAACAAGAUACACCAGUUAAUGAUGACGAUGCUUCUGACGAUACCACAGAUGAACAAGAUACACCAGUUAAUGAUGAUGAUGUUUCUGACGAUAUCACCGAUGGACAAGAUACACCAGUUAAUGAUGAUGAUGUUUCUGACGAUAUCACCGAUGGACAAGAUACAUCAGUUAAUGAUGAUGAUGCUUCUGACGAUAUCACUGAUGGACAAGAUACAUCAGUUAAUGACGACGAUGCUUCUGGCGAUACCACAGAUGAACAAGAUACACCAGUUAAUGAUGAUGAUGUUUCUGACGAUAUCACCGAUGAACAAGAUACAUCAGUUAAUGAUGAUGAUGCUUCUGGCGAUACCACCGAUGAACAAGAUACAUCAGUUAAUGAUGAUGAUGUUUCUGACGAUAUCACCGAUGGACAAGAUACACCAGUUAAUGAUGACGAUGCUUCUGGUGAUACCACCGAUGAACAAGAUACACCAGUUAAUGAUGACGAUGCUUCUGACGAUAUCACUGAUGGACAAGAUACAUCAGUUAAUGAUGAUGAUGCUUCUGGCGAUACCACAGAUGAACAAGAUACACCAGUUAAUGAUGAUGAUGUUUCUGACGAUAUCACCGAUGAACAAGAUACAUCAGUUAAUGAUGAUGAUGCUUCUGGCGAUACCACCGAUGAACAAGAUACAUCAGUUAAUGAUGAUGAUGUUUCUGACGAUAUCACCGAUGGACAAGAUACACCAGUUAAUGAUGACGAUGCUUCUGGUGAUACCACCGAUGAACAAGAUACACCAGUUAAUGAUGACGAUGCUUCUGACGAUAUCACUGAUGGACAAGAUACAUCAGUUAAUGACGACGAUGCUUCUGGUGAUACCACCGAUGAACAAGAUACACCAGUUAAUGAUGACGAUGCUUCUGACGAUAUCACCGAUGGACAAGAUACAUCAGUUAAUGAUGACGAUGCUUCUGGUGAUACCACCGAUGGACAAGAUACACAAAUCGAUUGCCCAAAUAAAGAAAACAUACAUUUUGCUGUUCAAGUCGAUGGCAGCAAACUAAUAGUCAAGUUACCUCCAGAUAGCAAUAAUAGUCCUCCUAUCGUUAAGAUCAAAGGCAGCAAAGUUAUCAUUCAGUUGCCGACCGCUAGUCAAGGUAUCAGCCACCAGGUGAUAGGUAGUCAUGGUUUCAGCUACGAUAUGAGCGGUGAUCAAGGUAACAUGCACGACAACCACGAUAUGACGGAUCAAUAAGGCAACAACCACGAUAUGACCGAUCAAUAAGGCAACAACCACGAUAUGACGGAUCAAUAAGGCAACAACCACGAUAUGACCGAUCAAUAAGGCAACAACCACGAUAUGACCGAUCAAUAAGGCAACAACCACGAUAUGACCGAUCAAUAAGGCAACAACCACGAUAUGACCGAUCAAUAAGGCAACAACCACGAUAUGACCGAUCAAUAAGGCAGCAACCACGAUAUGACGGGUCAAUAAGGCAACAACCACAACCUGUGCACUUUAAAAGUUCGACACCAUGUACCUCAAAGACCUUGUCCACCUCCACUCCCCCACCCGUCCCCUCGCUCCUCUGCACCCGCCCCAAAAGGACCAAGUUCUGGACCUGGGGCGACGGCCUUUUGCCUUCCUUCUGCAACUAUCAAGACAAAUGCCAAAACUCACCUUUUAAUUAUUUUGUGUUGUUUUUUUAUUCCAUGCCGAGUUGUUUUCCGUUUUUGACGUGAAUGACUGAUAUUCCUGCACGCAUUGCUUUUUUGCUUUCUAUUACGGAGUGUAUCUUAAUAAAAUGGGUUGAUGUUAUUUAUAUCACUAUAUUUAUGGCUAUUUAAAUAAAAGUUUAUGAUUGCCAUUGCAGAA